AUGAGAGUGGCCAUCUCUUCUAUCCUCCUCUCUUCUCUUGUCCCUCGGGCCCUCGGCCAGGUUUCUUUAUCAUUAGUAUGCAUCACGAAAGAGGGCAAGAACUCGUUGGCCAGCGUUGGCACUACGACCACUACACUAUCUCUCUUCUCCACCGCCAAAGAACAGUUCACAACCACGCCAUCCAGUACUGUCAUUCCCCCACCAGACUCGACGACCAUGACAGAUACUGCCUGGACAACUGAGACAACCACACUGCCAACGGUGACGGAUCACUAUACUUCGUCGUCGACGAUCUAUGACACUUCAACAGAGACCGCCACUAUUACAACAACUACUAUAACACAAAUUGAUAGCUACACCACGACUACGCCUACGACCACCAUCCCAACCUCACCCGGCUUUAUCCCAGUCGCUUCUGGUUUUGGUUUCCCAGGCUUCAAGAAGCGCAUGGCUGAUGCUGCUAUGCGCUUUGAGGCACGAGCCAAGCCACCAACAACCGACCUACCGAUACUCCAAGCGGAACCUGGCAACAAGAACAAAUUCCCGGAAACGGUCUCAUGCACGGAGAUUGCUUUAGGCAUCACCACGGAAACGAAAACGCAUACCGCGAAGAACACUGCUACUGUUACAGCCGAGCCCUCUACCAUCACAGCGUGGACUACGACGACCUUGACAACCACCAGCACGGUCGUUCCGCCCAACGUCCAGGUCACAACCGUUUUCGUCCACUCGACGCUCUUGACUGAGACAGCUACACAAACGAACACAGAGACUAGCACAACCAGCAGUACGAUCACAGUAAUCGCCCCAGCCUCAACCUACUACGCUGCCUGCGGACCCGAGAAUGUUGUCAGAAAUGCCAACGGAGGCACUUUCAAUGGAUUGCAAAUCUCUGGCAGUAUCCAACCCAGCUACUGGUCCAAGACCCCGACUGCAUACGACUGCUGCGUCGCAUGCAUGAACACGCCAAACUGCGCCCUCGCCAAUUGGGCGAGCGGAACAUGCAUGGUUCACCCUAUCGGCGGGACUGCAGGGACGAGUGGAGGAGUCUGCGACGUGAAGCACUAUUUUGGCAACUUCUUCCAGAGUGCUGGUCUCGGUGACCCAUGGACUAUUAGCAAUGGAAACUGUGGGCAGUUUUCGUACGGGUUCGGAGCCUGCUAUCGACUCAACCCCAGCAGAGACUGUUAA